GCUCCUCGUUACACAAACCCAAACAGCAGCGGAGGAUGAAGCAGACGGAGCUCCUCAUCAUCACAGGCACCGCACGCGCCGCACGUAGCCAAGACAUCUAAACCGGGACCGGAUGCACCAGCAACUGUUUGCUUUUUCCGGAUAAACGGGUUCGAUUCGUCCUCCUGGUAGCACCGCCAGACGCGCCAUGGGCUCCAGGCUGAGCAGACAGAGCAGCUUGGAUCAGGAGAAUUUCUCCAAAAAGCGGCGCAGGCUGCAGGACGGCGCCGGGGAGGGCGGCCGGUCCGGGGGGGACUUUCUGUUUGCUCUGAUGCUGAAAUCAGACAAGCUGCCCGGGAUGCUGCGGAGGGCCAACCACAGCCCCUACAUGAGGAGGGUGGCCUGGAUCAAGGAGAUCCAGAAACUGCUCCGGGAGCGCAGGAUCGAGCAGGCGACCGACGUGCUGAGAUUACUGAGGAAGGACCUUGGUUUGGAGGGCACCUCCAUGAACGACAUCUUGUACAAAAAUGCUGCCUUCCUCAACCUGGUGGACCCCAUCUCCCACGAACUGCUGCUCAGCUUGGCGCGAGAGAUGCAGUGUCCUAAGAAGGAUGCAGACACCAUCAAGUCUUCUGAUAAGAUCUGCAGACAGCUGAUCUACCACCUGACCCCACACUCAAAGUGGCUGAGGCAGAGCAUGUCCAGGCGGAAAUCCCAGGCCUGUCUGAAGACGACUCUACAGAAGAAGCUGUCUAGUGAGAGCGUGGACCUUUCUGGGAUCCCCCUGUCCAGCCGCGAUGUCCGACAAGUGGCCUUCUACCUCCAGAACAACGGAGACAGCCUGGUGGCCGUGGACAUCAGCUUCACCGAGCUGACCGAUGACAACCUGCGUCUGCUGCUGCCUCUCCUCGCCUCGCUGCCCAAACUCAGCACCCUGGCUCUCAACGGCAACCGCCUCACCUUGGCCAUCAUCAAAGACCUCUCUGAAAUGCUCAAGGACCCUAAGAUGUUCUCCAGCCUGGCGUGGAUCGACCUGGGGAACAACGUGGACAUUUUCACCAUGCCUCAGCCGCUGCUGGUGGCGCUGCGCCGCCGCUGCAGCCUGAAAAGCAGCCUGCCGACCAUCUACGAGUACACAGAGGGCCAGCCUUACUCCUACCACCUGGAGACCUCCAUCGAGGAGCCCAGCCAUUACGAGGAGGAGGAGGAGGAGAUCGAUGAGGACGAGGAAGAUAUGGGGGACAGGUUUGAGCUGGAGCCGUGGGGUUUGGGGGACAAACAGCUCUCUAAACCGUACCCCCUCCACUGCUGCGAGAGGUGAUGGAGCGUUUCCUGUCCUACCAGAUUCCAGCUGUGGUUGAAGCGACGUCCCGCAGCUCUCUGUUACCUCCUUCACCCUCUUGCCCUCACACCACGAGACCAGUCACCCUUUAAAGGCAACGAGGGGGAGCAGCGCCCACAUUGUGAACUAAUCGCCCAAACACAGCUGCUAAGCUAACCUUUACCAUCUCUGAGUUGGACCCACACCGGACGGCGGCCUGACGGCAGACUUACUGUGUUGCUGGAUGGUGCUUUGGGGGAAAAGAUGCGGUUUCAUUGGAGGUUGUCUGGAAGAGUCAAAGAACCAGUUUUCUCUUUUUCUCUCUCUGUCUCUUUCUGUCCCUUUAUCCACGUCUAGCGCUUCAUGUCUCGAUCCACAGGAGACGUCAGUCAGUUGGUCGGACGAAGGAGCGGCAUCCCUGGGGGAUUCUGGGGCCACCUGGAGUGAAUUUUGGAAACCUGUGGGUCCUCGUGGCGUCUCUGCCAGGACUGAGACUCUGCCUGUCAGGCAGGGCCUAACUCCACAUUCUGUGUUCUCUGUUAAUCUCCCAACAAAAGUUCAACAGACUCUACAGCCAGCGACCGUCACGUGGCGCUGGCAAAACUGCUUGGUCGACUUUUUGCGUCCCCCCCUCCCCUCUUUCCUAGUGUCCACUGGUGAAUGUCCAUUUGCAGAUGGAAAUGAGGACACAAACAACACAGAUGUUUUGUUUCCUGACGUUUUUUUGUUGUUGUUGUCCCCUUAGAGGACAAAGCGUCUCAGAAGACAACAGGUAGGAGAGAGGGGUGUUUUUCUAACCACAUAAAAGCUGACAUCACUGCUCUUUAGGGUCAUAGCCACAGUAUUUCAACACGGGUCAGAGAAAGGGGCCAAACUGACCUCCUACUGCCGUCUGCCUCCACAGGUUUUGACCUCUUAGUGUUGCCGUAGAUCUGUGUUAUUAGGCACUUUCUUGACUGUUAUCUACUCUAGUCUCUCCGCAGUAGCAUAAAACCAUCUCAAAGGCCGACCAGAACACUGCGAAGCACUUUAAGGCCCUGAUGUUUAGAUGUUACUCUUUCUCCAAAGGCUCCAUAUAGUCUGUGCACAUUGGUUCCUCCCUGCAGGAGCUUCAUUCAGAUGAUUGUUAGAGGGAUCAAUAUGAAAAUAAGCUCACCUGAAGUAUAACAAAUGUUCUCUAAGUGUUCUUUGUGUAUUUGUGUCGGUAAACGGUCUAAAUGUUGUUUUGUCUCUUGUCUGUUUCUGUAUUUAAUUGUAUUUAAUGAGGAAAAACUAUAAAAACUGAGCCUGAUCAGGUCCUGAUGAUCGGAUCCAACAGAUGACGGAAUGUUUUAUGGUUUUACGCAAUAAUCCAGCAGGUCGCUCUGUAAAUGUCAUCCAAAGCAGAGGAUAUUUAAGUUGAAUGUUUGAAAUUGUCGUUUUUUGCCUUUUAUCAUGUUUUUACAACCCAGGGCAGGACUGGCCAUUACCCAACGCCCGGGGGGCCAACGCCCAUUUGUGGGUGGGCCCAGGGCCUUCAUAAUGUAAUCUAAAAUGUAUUUAAAGUUAACUAUUAUAUAAAAUAAUUUAUCAAUUAACCAAAUUAUAAUCUAAUCAAAAUGUUUUGAAAUGAAUUAUAUACCUUAGAAAUAUUCAGAAAUAUUCUCCAUGAAUAAGUAAUUUCUUACAUUUUCCAUUUUGGUCUUUUACAAUGCCGAAAUUUAAACAAAAAUUUAGUAUUUGUUUGAUUGAAUAUUUCCUUUUAAAUAAUUCAGAGGAUAUGAUCAGUGACUCAUUUUACCUAGUUUUUAAUGUUUAUUUCUUUUACUAUAUAUUCAUUUAUGAAACCUCUCAAUGUUUGUAAUCUCAUCUGUCUUGCUGGGCCUCUUCCCCAUAGAAUAUAACUAAUCAUGGUGGGCCGACCCAGUCUGGUCCAGUCCAGUCGAGUCCAGUCCUGUUACAACCACAAACUUUGUUGGAUUUGUUUGAUUUUAUCUGUCAGAUAAAAAGAAAAAAACAGGAUUUAAAAAUAUUUAAGCAAUUAAAAUCCAAUGUAACAGAGUUAAUGCAUAUUUUUCUUGCAUGGGUGGUUCUAAACAGGGGCUAUUGGGGCCACUGCCCCUAUAGAACCGAUCCAGGGCCCUGUUGUUGCCCCUGUACUGAAGGCAUAAUAUUGCAUUUUUCAUUUUCAUUUUAGUUUUUUCGCUAAUUCAACUAUUUUUAGUUUGUUUUUAGUAGUUACUAAUAUGUUAUUAAAGCUUAGUUUUAGUGUAGUUUUAAUAAGUUCCAGUACUAGUUUUAGUUUUGUCUUUGGUUAAUUCUUAGGCGCAGGAUUCAAAAAGUUUAAAGCAUUUUAAUCAUAAAAUUUAAGCAUUUAAGCUAUAAAAACUCAACACAAGAUGCCUAUUUUAAAGAACUGGUUCCCUUACAGUGGCCUUUGAAGAGGUCCUGUGGAAAAAAACACAAAUGCAAUACUGGCAAUGUUGAUUUCAUCAAGAUCAGUUUUACCUCUCCUUGUUAAAGCUGAUCUAGAAACAUCAAUGUCUCUAGAAGCACUCAAACUCAGUCCGAUUGAAAGGAGAAUUUCAACAAAUAUCAGCUUCCCCAGCAGAUUUUAGCAAUUUUACUGUAUGAAUUAAUCUGAACCAUUUGAUUGCAGCUGCUUGAAGAUUAACAUCUGCCCCACAUCAUGAUACUGCCACCACCAUAUAUAACAGUUGGAAGGGAUUGUUUUAGAUGAUUCCUAUCCUACGCAGUGUUACAUGGGUUGGUUGCCCAACCAGAACUCCUUUGUCAUGUUUGCUUUGAGGCUUAAGAGGAUAAUUUAAAAAAACGUCACACUUUCUAAGAUCGAUGUAUAAUUUUUAUUUAUUUAUAGUCGUAGGUGUUCAUACAAACACAGGCUGUAAAAUACAAACUUAAAGCGCACAUAAGGAGGAGAGGAAGAAAUUACAUUUUAAAUUAAAUAAAAACAAGAAUCGAUUUAGUUUGUCACUGCCUUCUUGUUUUUUUUUCUUUUUCAAAUUAAGUGCUUUAUUUUCCUCUAUCAGCUAAAUUCACACUAAUAUGCAUUAAAGUUUGUGGUUCUAAUGCAUAAAGAUUGGAGGUUUAUGAAUAUUUUGUGAAGGCGCUGCGGCUUGUUUUCGUGUGUCAGUGUGGUCUGUGUUUGUACCUUAUGUCUCCUUCCACCCAAUGACUGCCAAUAAAAGAAGCUGACCAAACUGAGCUCUC